AUGCAUGUCUAUUUGACACUGUUCAUUUUCGCUCUCAUAGAUCAUGUCACGGCUGCUAUGCCCAAAUUCGUCUUUGCACACUUUAUUGUCGGGAAUGCAGCGUCUAUGACACAAGAGCAGUGGGAAUCCGAAAUCAAUCUAGCCAAACAUUCACUCAUCGAUGGCUUCGCGCUGAAUAUAGCUCAACAAGACACGGCCACAGAUCAAAUACUACAGAAAGCGUACGCUGCAGCAGAAAAUGUCGGGGAUUUUUCUCUUUUUCUUUCCUUUGACUAUCUAUCCGGCGGUCCUUGGCCAGUGGAUAGAGUAAUCGACACCAUCAACAAAUACAAAGAAUCACAGGCGCAGUUCUACUAUGAUGAUAAGCCACUCGUUUCAACAUUUGAAGGAGUAGGAAAUAUUGACGAUUGGCCAACUAUCCGCAACAAGACAGACUGUUUCGCCAUACCCGAUUGGACAAGUCUGGGACCGCAGCGCUUUGAAGAAGUACGACAUAAUGUUGACGGGUUCUUCAGUUGGGACGCAUGGCCUGUUGGUGACCAUGAUAAAACGCUUCAGAGUGACCGAGCAUGGAGAAAUUCUACCCAUGGCAGACCAUACAUGAUGCCUGUUUCGCCGUGGUUUUACACGAAUCUCCCGCAAUGGAAUAAGAAUUGGUUAUGGAAAGGUGCGCAGCUUUGGACCUAUCGCUGGGAACAAGUCUAUCGCUUUCAGCCAGAUUUUGUGCAGAUUAUUUCGUGGAAUGAUUUUGGCGAAUCGCACUACAUCGGCCCCAUUCGUACCGAUGGUAUCCCCCAAGGAGCGGCACGAUAUGUCGAGAACAAUCCUCACGACGCAUGGCGGGCAUUACUGCCAUAUUUUAUUGCAUCAUACAAAUUAGGCGACAGAUCCAGGAUCCGUAUCGCACGAGACACGGUAGUCUACUGGUACAGAACCAAUCCAAGUCAGUCCGGAAACGAUGGUGGUACUACCGGCAACUGUCCGCAACAGGGUCAACCAGCAAUGGGCCCAGCUACCCUUGCGGAGGAUAAGAUCUACAUUGCUGUCUUGAUCAAGGAGCCGAGCUGGAUUGGUGUACAGAUUGGCAACGAUAACAACAUUACCAGCUUUUAUGCUCGGCAGGCAGGAUUGAGUACGUUUGAGGUGCCCUUCGAUGGACAGACGGGUAAUACGACAUUCUGGAUUGUGAGAAACGAGACAGAAGUUGCAUAUGCCACAGGCCCAGCUAUUACGACUGAUUGUGUUGAUGGGAUGGUUAACUGGAACGCAGUUGUUGGAUCGAAUUAG